CUCCCAUCCCCUCUCCUCAACCAUCAACAUUGCAAUAAACCGAGACGAGAGAUGUGCGAGAACAGGCUGCCCAAAUUCAACUUACAUAGGAGUCGUCCCUCCAUAUCACUGCCGAAGAAAACUGUUUCGGUUAGGAUGUUCGCGAUGGAGGAAUGUUUCUCUAAACACUCCUGCAAUCUGAACCCGUCCUUCGAUUAGACACGCCUUCUUGCGCUCAGAACACGGUUCAAACUGAAGAGGGUUAAUCUCCUAGAUUUAGCCGCAUGGCUGAAGGAGUUCGAGUCGAGACGCGAUCAGUUUUUCUCUAGAUCUGGGUUUGGGUCUGGAACGGGUUAAGGCGACCAAAACUGCGGGGGUUGGCGAUUCGGAUUGUGAAAUUUGCUUCACGGGGCGGAAGAAAGCUCAUGCUGAAUUGUUAGGGUAUACGGUAACGAUAAGGGGCAUGGGGGUUUCAAACGAUAAGUCUCUGAAUUCGAUAUUCCUCAUCCGUAGUCAGACGGUUUCUUACCUCAACCUUAGGCUUCACCCGAAGGAGACUCAAAAUUCGCAGAAUAGCCGAUAAUGGGACGCCCCGUCAAGGGCGUGGGUGAGGCUGGAAGAAAGGGACGGGUAGGCGAGGAAUGACGCAGGCCCGCUGCCUGAUACAUGAUGUUCUCCCGGCAGGUACCUGGUAUUCAAACAUCUUUUCAAAGACAAUGGCACCCUUGAUCCUACUUUCACUGCUACUCAUAGCACCCCUCGGUGCUUACGCAGAUCUACGGCAAGGGUUAAUUGGCUCUAGGAUCGAAGCAUUAUUCCCUGGGGAUAGCCAGUACACCGAGUCUAGGCAAGCUUUCAAUCAACGAUUCAACGUUCAUCCCGCCGCUAUCGUGUUCCCAACCUCAGCGCAGGACGUAUCCCAAAUUGUCAAAAUCGGAGCCGCAAAUAAAUUACGCGUUGUGGCGCGUUCGGGAGGGCACAGUUACGCCGCUAAUGGUCUGGGAGGUCAAGAUGGCGCUUUGGUUAUCGACCUGAAGAAGAUGAACAAGAUAACUAUCGACACGAACACGAAUAUUGCUCAUGUGGAAGCAGGAAAUAAGUUGGGGAGCGUUGCAGCGGCUUUAAAUGCCGUAGGACGUGCCUUGCCUCAUGGUUCUUGUACAUACGUCGGCGUCGGCGGCCAUGCGUCCUUUGGCGGGUUUGGCUUCACAUCGCGAAUGUGGGGAUUGAUGACGGAUACGAUACGAGCAGCAAAUGUCGUAUUUGCCAAUGGAACCUUGAGUCGCGUCUCCGAAAGUUCGCAUCCCGAUAUCUUCUGGGCAGUUCGCGGAGCUGCACCUUCAAUAGUCAUCGUCACCUCCUUCGAAUUUGAGACAUUCCCAGAACCCAACUACGCUGUAAUCUGGGGGUAUGGUUGGGACCUUUCCGCCUCCGACGCCGCAUCUGCUCUUAAAAUCUUCCAAAACUUCUCUCUCACUUCAGACCUCCCGAGUCAUCUUACCACCGACGUUAACCUUGGCCAAGGAUCGCAGCGGGGCUUCGUCUCCUUCAGAGUAUCUGGUGGAUGGUAUUCCUCUUCCUCAGACCAAGCCGAAAAUGAGAAAGCGCUCAACGCUUCGUUAGCUCCGUUGCUUGAGAGUUUACCGCCACCUACUGGGGUAUCUAGAGAAGGAAAUGGGACUUACAUUGAUACUGUUAUCAUUUUGGCCAACAGCGAUAAAGGGUUGGAUACUAGCACUCCAGAAGGAAACGAUACGUUCUAUGCGAAAUCGUUAAUGACUCCGGAGGCAGAACCGAUGAACGACGAGACUUGUUUGAGUUUCAUGACGUACCUUGCUGAGGAUGGGUACGAUUCUGGUCUGGGAUGGUUCUUCCAAAUUGGUGUUUAUGGAGGUCGUAACUCCAAAAUCAACGCCCUACCUGCAAACGCUACGUCAUUUGUGCGUCGCGAUACAUUAUUCACAAUGCAAUUCUACGCCUCUUCGCCAGGAAACAUACCACCGUAUCCUAACGAAGGAUUUACCUUCUUGGACGGUGUUGUUAAUAGUAUCACGUCCGGGAUGCCCGAAGCCUGGGAUUAUAGCGCCUAUACAAAUUAUCUUGAUAACAGGCUUGAGGAUUGGCCGAAACUCUACUUUGGGUCGCACUAUGCUCGUUUACAGAGGAUCAAACAGGAAGUUGACCCUCGGAACGUUUUCAAGUUCCCGACCUCUAUAAAUUCUUGACUGUAAUGUUAAUGCUUAAGUUCUACUAGAGCAAAUGGGACUCCUCCCCGCGG